AGAGGCUGGGGAGACCAUGACUGUCGUCAUUCUGAUGAUGCCGGAGUGAACUGCAUUGGAGUUUCAGAUAAAAGUUGCGCACAUUGGUACAAGUCUGGUAGGAGAUCUGAUGGAAUUUACAUCAUAAAUCCGGAUGGUAAGAGUUUUUUUAUGGUCUGGUGUGAUAUGACAACCAAUGGAGGAGGAUGGACGGUGAUUCAGAGAAGGAAAGAUGCAAGUGUGGAUUUUUAUCGUGGUUGGUCAGAGUAUAAAACAGGAUUUGGCACUCUCUCUGGGAAUUUUUGGCUUGGUUUAGACAAAAUACAUCGUUUAACAGAAUCUGGUCAAAACACAGCAGGAAUUAUACUAAAGUCUGGUGAUGCGAUAGCUUCUGUAAACUAUUCGAUGUUUUCUGUGAGUUCUGAAUCUGAGGGUUAUAAACUGAACGUUGGUGGAUUUUCCACAGAGGGACCAACUAUCAGGUUGCGGGGACCAUUAAGAUCAAGUGGUACAGGUCGUGUGGAAGUAUUCCAUAAGGGAAAAUGGGGAACAAUCUGUGACGAUAGCUGGGAUAUUAAAGAUGCUGAAGUUGUGUGUCGUCAACUUGGUUAUCAAAAAGCUAACGAGGCCUUGCAAGGAAAGUAUGUUCCUUCUGGCACUGGACCGAUAUGGUUAGACGACGUUCAUUGCACUGGGAAUGAACAAGAACUAACUAAUUGUCCGUCUAAGAACUGGGGAAUUCAUAAUUGUCAACAUUCUGAUGAUGCUGGGGUAAAUUGUUCCGAAAAAGAUCAAACAGUGAGGCUGCAAGGGCCAUUAAGUUUCAUGCGUAUUGGUCGUGUGGAGGUAUUUCAUAAGGGAAAAUGGGGAACAAUCUGUGACGACGAAUGGGAUAUCAAGGAUGCUCAAGUUGUGUGUCGUCAACUUGGUUACAAGAAAGCCCUUGCGGCCCAUAAGGGAAAUCUUGUUCCGUUUGGUUCAGGGCAGAUAUGGUUAGACAAUAUUCGUUGUUCUGGGAACGAGAAAAAUCUGGCCAGUUGUUCCCAUAGAGGCUGGGGAGUCCAUGACUGUUAUCAUUUUGAAGAUGCUGGAGUGAAAUGUGCUCCAAAAGUUUUUCUUAAUGUCAUCACAGAACAAACACGGAUAACAUAA